AUGGUUGGUGACUUUGGAGAGUUAAACAAGAAACCUAGUGAAAUGAGCUGCACCAGAGACCUGAAAAAGCUUGCAGACAGAAGUGAGCACCAGAGGAGAUCAGGACAAGAUAUUUGGACCUACGAUGUGAAAAACUUCCUAAAAAUGAAUAGGACUGAUGCAAGAAAGAUGAAGACAGAUGAAGAACUCACAGAAAACAUCGGGCUUCCCCUGAAACUGCUUGAAAAACAUGACCCUUGGCCAGCUUAUGUCACAUAUACCUCCCCAGUGGUGAAAAGACUCAUUGAGAAAAGCAAAGCUAGAGAACGAGAAUGCAUGCCAGAUGUCGAGGAACGUGGACGGACACUGAGGCAGAACAAACCUUCCAGCAUUAUCCAACCCAAAAGGAGAAAGUCAUCCAAGACCUCUGAUAACAUGAUGUUCAAGGACAUGAAGUCGGAGACCACACUAUCAGUUUGGGGCACUUUCUCUUUGUUGGCCACGGGUUCCACUGUUAUCCCAGAACCUAUACCCUUUCAUAUGGAUUCCAGAGAAAGUCCCACUGCAAACUAUAACAAAAUCAUCUUCUCUCGAAAACCUAUGAUGAGGAUGCUUCCAUAUAGCCCACUUCUGGCCAGCAAGGAAAAACAUUCAAAUAUUUAG